CUCAAGAGCAACAAAAUAUCUCGACUGUUUUUGAUUUUGUCAUCUGGUGGAUUAGAGUGGAGUGGAGCUUUGAAUUGGAUGAUCAUUAUCCAUGUCGAUUCUACUUAGGCCGUCGUCCUCUCCUUCACUCUGUUCUUCUCUCAAGCUUUUCCGAUUAUCCUCUCCGGAUUCUUUAAUCGACGCAGCUGUCCUCAGGAACAGGACAAAGCCGUCGCAGUCGUUUCGAAUGGAGGUCGUUUCGAGUAAUUCCACGUGUCUUUCUAGUAUUAGCGUCGGUGAAGAUUUUCCAUCAGAAUAUGAGCAGUGGCUACCGGUUCCGGAUCCAGAGAGCAGGAGAAGAGCUGGCGUUUUGCUACACCCGACGUCGUUUCGUGGUCCUCAUGGCAUUGGUGAUCUCGGAGAAGAAGCCUUCCGGUUCAUCGAUUGGCUUCAUUCUACUGGUUGCUCCGUUUGGCAGGUUCUUCCUCUUGUUCCUCCAGACGAAGGAGGAUCUCCUUAUGCAGGACAGGAUGCAAAUUGUGGGAACACAUUGUUGAUUUCUCUAGAUGAGCUUGUGAAAGACGGCUUGUUAAUCAAGGAUGAGCUCCCACAACCAAUUGAUGCUGACUCUGUGAACUAUCAGACUGCCAACAAGUUAAAGAGUCCCUUGAUUACGAAGGCAGCAAAGAGGCUUAUUGAUGGCAAUGGUGAACUGAAGAGCAAACUGCUAGAUUUCCGUAACGACCCCUCUAUAUCAUGUUGGCUUGAAGAUGCUGCUUAUUUUGCAGCUAUUGACAAUACUUUAAAUGCAUACAGUUGGUUUGAGUGGCCUGAACCACUUAAAAACCGUCAUCUUUCUGCCUUGGAAGCUAUAUAUGAAAGCCAAAAGGAGUUUAUAGACUUGUUCAUUGCUAAGCAAUUUUUGUUCCAAAGGCAGUGGCAGAAAGUUCGUGAGUAUGCACGGCGGCAAGGAGUUGAUAUAAUGGGAGAUAUGCCCAUUUAUGUAGGAUAUCACAGUGCAGACGUUUGGGCAAAUAAGAAACAUUUCUUACUGAACAAGAAAGGCUUUCCUCUUCUUGUUAGCGGUGUUCCUCCUGACUUGUUCAGUGAAACUGGUCAACUGUGGGGCAGCCCUCUUUAUGACUGGAAAGCAAUGGAGAGUGACCAAUAUUCUUGGUGGGUUAAUCGAAUAAGACGCGCACAGGACUUGUAUGACGAAUGCAGGAUUGAUCACUUCAGAGGAUUUGCAGGGUUUUGGGCGGUCCCUUCUGAAGCGAAAGUUGCCAUGGUUGGACGAUGGAAGGUAGGACCUGGAAAGUCAUUAUUUGAUGCCAUUUCCAAAGGCGUUGGGAAGAUCAAAAUCAUAGCUGAAGAUUUGGGAGUUAUUACUAAAGAUGUAGUUGAGCUGAGGAAAUCUAUCGGAGCACCUGGAAUGGCCGUCCUCCAAUUUGCUUUUGGAGGAGGCGCCGAUAACCCACAUUUACCUCACAAUCAUGAAGUAAACCAAGUUGUAUACUCUGGAACUCAUGACAACGACACUAUUCGAGGCUGGUGGGACACUCUGGACCAAGAAGAAAAGUCUAAGGCAAUGAAAUACCUGUCGAUAGCUGGAGAAGACGAUAUAUCAUGGUCAGUCAUCCAAGCUGCAUUCUCUUCAACCGCUCAAACCGCAAUCAUACCGAUGCAAGACAUUCUAGGACUUGGAAGUUCUGCCAGGAUGAACACUCCAGCCACUGAGGUGGGGAAUUGGGGUUGGAGGAUUCCAAGUUCAACGAGCUUUGAUAAUCUUGAAACUGAAUCUGACAGACUCAGAGAUCUUUUGUCAUUGUACGGACGGCUUUGAGGAAAACAUUUGACGUGGAAAAGAAGAAGAAUCUUUGGUUUUCUUAUCUUUUUUGUAACUUUGCUAAUGGUAAAAGCAAUAAAGUAAGCAGAAGACGAACGAAGCAUGUUGUUGAAAUAGUGGAUCGAUGUUGAUAUGGGCCAUAUAUGAUGAUGGCAUGUUCAAUCUCACUGUUGCUUAAUAAAUUUUGUUCAUUGAUA